GUAGGGAAAGAGGGAAGGGCUGGCGGUGCUCUGCUGAGUGAGGGGCUUGUCCCACUCGGCUGCGAUGGAAGGGAAAAGGCGUGCGGUUCCUUUAAGCCAAGCAACCCAGCGCUGGUGUCUCGGGCUCGCUGGAGCUGCUUGCUGGAGACAGUUUGACCAAUAGAAGCCCAAACGGAGAUCUAAAUAAUUCCUGAGUGAGAAGAAGCCAAGGCAGAGGCUUGUGUGAGAGGCUCCUGCACCAGCCAGGGGGUGGGAGGGGGGGGGGGAUCGGAGCCUCACAACAACUCUGCUGCCCUCCCACCCUUCAUAAAGCUUUGAUGAGACACUUGAGCUGCCUCCUGUGUUGCUGGGGCUGCAGGAGGCGGCUGGUGGGACUGGGCGGCUCGGAGAGGAUGUGACUUUCCGGAGCGACCCGAGCAGGCUUUGCGUGGACAACAAGUUCCACCAAGUAAGAAGAGUGAUGACCAUCCUUUUCCUUACUAUGGUUAUUUCAUACUUCAGUUGCAUGAAAGCUGCCCCUAUGAAAGAAGCAAGUGUCAGAGGACUAGGCAGCUUGGCUUACCCAGGUCUUCGGACCCAUGGGACUCUGGAGAGCCUAAGUGGGCCCAACACUGGUUCAAGAGGACUGACAUCAUUGGCAGGCACUUUUGAACAUGUCAUAGAGGAGCUUCUAGAUGAGGAGCAGGACGUCCAGCCCAGUGAGGAAAACAAGGAUGCCGACUUGUACACGUCUCGGGUUAUGCUAAGCAGUCAAGUGCCUUUGGAGCCCCCAUUGCUCUUUCUGCUUGAGGAGUACAAAAAUUACUUGGAUGCUGCAAAUAUGUCCAUGAGGGUCCGGCGUCACUCUGACCCUGCUCGCCGUGGGGAGCUGAGCGUGUGUGACAGUACUAGUGAGUGGGUAACAGCAGCAGAGAAAAAGACUGCAGUGGACAUGUCUGGUGCAACGGUUACGGUCCUGGAAAAAGUCCCAGUACCCAAAGGCCAACUGAAGCAAUACUUCUAUGAGACCAAAUGCAAUCCCAAAGGCUACACAAAAGAGGGUUGCAGGGGCAUAGACAAGAGGCAUUGGAAUUCCCAGUGCCGAACUACCCAGUCUUAUGUGCGAGCUCUCACCAUGGAUAACAAAAAGAGAGUUGGCUGGCGGUUUAUAAGAAUAGACACUUCCUGUGUAUGUACAUUGACCAUUAAAAGGGGAAGAUAGUGGAUUCGUGUUGUAUAGAUUAUAUUGAGACAAAAUUAUCUAUUUGUAUAUAUACAUAACAGGGUAAAUUAUUCAGUAAAAUAAUAAUUUUAUGGACUGCAUGUAUAACUGAAGUUUAUACAGUACAGUGGUUCCACAAUCUAUUUAUUGAACAUAUCCAUGACCUGAAGGGGAACAAACGUCAUUUGCGCACAACUAAAACGAAUAAGUCUCUGCAUUACAUUCCUCGAUAACAUUGUGGUUUGUUGCCGUUGCCAAGAAUUGAAAACGUAAAAAGUUUAAAAAAAUAAUAAAAUUGCAUGCUGCUUCAAUUGUGAAUUGAUGAUAAACUGUCCUCUUUCAGAAAAAAAAAUUUGAACCAAAACAUUCCGUUUACAUUUUAGACAGUAAGUAUCUUUAUUCCUGUUAGUAUUAUAUCCGUUUACUGCUUUUACCUUCUGAUAGCGUUGGAAUUAAAGCAAUGUCAAGGUGCUGUUGUCAUAGUUUUACUGUUUUAUUUUUUUACUUUUAAAUUCCCAUGAGAUUGGAAAAGGGAAAAAAAAAUCGUUAGAUACAUGUUCCGGAUGAAACAAAUUUGUUUUUGUUUUUUUUUGGUUUUUUUUUUUUUUGGUUUUGUUUUUUGGAUGUUGUGAAGGUGUUUGCAAUAUUGAAUCAGGCUACUGACUAAAUAAAUAAAUAAAUAAAUUUUAAAAAGAGGCAACUGAAAAAGAAUCCUGAUGUUCCGCUUCACAUUGCUGAGCUGCGGGCUUAAGGACAGCACUUGUGUAACUGUCUGGCUCCAGGCUUUUUUUUUUUUUUUUAUGGCUACAUUGUGAAAAAAAUGCAUUUGCUUAUAUCACAUUGGUUUGUGUGGGGAGGAGGGGUUUGGGGGAGGAGUUGUUUGGAGUUUCUCCCCUCCCCCCCCAGCCCCUUCCUGUCUUGGGCAGGAAAUUGAUUGCCAUCUCUAAAAUAUUUCACUCCUCACCGUAUGACUAAAGCUUGUCAUACUGAAAAUAUCAUAUAGAGUGUUGAAAGCAAUUACUUAAAAUGGAAUAAAAGCCUUUUUGUGCUUGGAUCAAACGUUUUGUUGAAGCACAAUAAAAUUUCACGAUAAUAUGGUCUGAACAGAGUACAGUAAACGUAGAUCAGAGCGGCUACAGGGUGGGACAGUGUGGGCCAAAUUCAAUUAUGAGUUACAACACAUUGGGUUGAGUGGGGCUGCAUGAGUAUAAAUCUGCAAUGAAUUUGGCACCAUGUAUUCAGCGGCAGAGCAAUGCCACUGCCCAGCAUACUGAUGUCUGUACUAUAGCCUAAUUCUCCACUGAUGACAAAGGAAACAUCUAAUAUGCUCCAUCCCUUGAGUUUCUGGGAAAUAUAGCACUUGAGAAAUUGAGAGAAUUCAGGCCUGAAGGAUCAGGAGGGGUGGCUCUGGAAUGAAGUAGAAAGAGGGUUCUACCUCUAACUUUAAGUACUGAAUAUAUUUGGAUACGUUCAAGAGGUUCUAUAUCUUAAGGUGCAGUACAUGGCAGAUUUAAUCCAUUAAACGAAUAGCAUCAUGAAUAAAUAAGACUGUAAAAAAAAAAAAAAAAAAGGUAGGUGUGAUCGUCACCACUGGUGAUAGCUAACACCAAAUCCAGCAAUGUCCUAGUAGUCGAAUAGCGUGAAAUCCAUAUUUUUGAGUUA